AUGUCCGAACAACCUGAGAUUCAGUUUCAGCCUCGAAGGCGAGCAAGCUCCAACCGCCAACGACCGAAAGUUCGUGAUGAAGAUAGGAAGAGAAUCGCUGUAGCAUGCGACCACUGUAAGACACGAAAGAUCCGAUGCACCGGGGAACAACCAUGUCGACAAUGUUAUCUUGCAAACAUCACAUGCAAUUAUCCACCCGCCUCUGCAAAAAUUGUGGUACCGGAGCUUUUUGUAGACAAACUUCAAGCCCGGAUAUAUGCGCUGGAGAAGGCUCUUUAUGAGGCAGUACCAGACCAAGCUGUACGCGAAGAUAUUGCAGGUCGUUUUGGAAUCAGCUUUCUGGGUCAAAACGGCAGUAUGACUUCAAGUAGUGGAGAACCAUCUCCAACUUCCCCUGGGGCGGCAGUUUGGCCAGAGAACGGAUCUUUUGGCUCCAAAAACCGAGCUAUUGCAGGCGAAGAUCUUGAGGCGGGGGACGAAUCAAACAGAUUUUCGAGCUGUUCAGAGGGAUAUUCAAGUUUCAUUGGAGAUUCGGCUGGAGCAACGUUUAUAGACAAGAUUCGAGAUUUUAUUAGAUCUUCAUAUCCACACAUACCUCGGAACAUGUCGUACAUACCUAGUCAUAGCGUUCCAGUUGACCCUGCAUUAUCUUUCACUUCAGCAGCAUCUUCCUACUACACCCAUGAUAGCCUACCAUUAUCCUUGCCCGUCACGGAUCCAUAUACACUACCUCAAAAGACAACUGUUUUGAGGCAUCUAGAUAGCUUCCUCAAGCUAUGUGCUUGUGGCACAUCUACCCAGCCUGUAGAUGGUGGCGGUAUAUUUCAUUGGUUUAACCCGUCAAAGAUUUACCUGGAAAUCGAAGCGCUGUACGAAGUCACAAACUAUGGUCCUCCUCUCAACGGUACGGUCUCGCCUGUGGACUAUACCUCUCUUUGCGUGAUAAACAUGAUACUCGCCCUCAGUUGCCAGGUAAUGGCAACAACCGGUACAAGUUCUACUGUUGAAGACGAAUUAGCUGGUAUUUCAGCGCAUUGGCGUCAUUUCGUAGCUGGAUCAGAACCGAUAUCCCCUCACACUCAUAUAGAUCAGGCAUACCAUCAUACACGUGAGAAUUCAGCUCCCCAUUAUGCACAUAAUAGUGCAAAUACACUCCCCGGAAUGACAUUUUUUGCUCGCGCAAAACUUCUUCUUGUUAAUCCAGUAGAGGAGGCUUCUUUGCCUUCUCUCCGCAUAAUCACCCUAAUGUCCUAUUACCUUCUAUCUGCAAAUAGAAGAGAUGCAGCAUACAUGUAUAUUGGCCUUGCCGUCAGAAUGGCCGUAUCUCAUGGACUGCACCGGACGUGGAGGAAAGGCGAAUGGGUUUCUGGAGGGAUAGGGCGGUAUAACGGCCCCGGACCGCAAUUUUCAUCAGCAUCUAGCCCGGAAGAUCAGCUUCGGAAGUUAGUGCAGUAUGAAGAAAAGAAACGAGAAUUCUGGAACAUUUACAUCUUAGACAGGAUAUUUAGCUGCUACAUGGGUAGGCCAGUUAUGCUUUCCGAUGAGGAUAUCGACGUUGAUCUGCCCUCAGAAAUUGGAGAUGCAUUACCCUCAGGCGCCGGUCUGUCCGCACAUGUUCGUCUUAGCAAAAUAAUGGGCGACGUCGUCAACAAGGUCUACCGCGUCCGUAAAACAACAAGCGGUUUUGGGAGGGAGAUUGGUGAUGUUGUCGGAGUAAUUGAAAACAUCCACAAUGACCUUCGGUCCUGGGAAGAAAGUCUUCCACCCGAAUUAAAACUUAUUAACGGGGUUGCUCGGGGACGCUCUGUCCUUCUUUUGCACUUCCUAUACAAUCAGCUGCAUAUCUUGACAACUAGACCUUCCCUCUUAUUGGCAGCCAAACAACGAACAGCAGCUUUUUGUGUGUCUUCAGGAAACGUUCCUCAGAUGCCACCACAUAUUGAACAGCACGUCAUCAUCUGUUCAAACGCCGCUCGUCGGAAUAUAGCCUUAGGAAGGCAACUUCAGUCUUCUGGAUGGAUAUCUCAUCACUCUUUUACGGACUAUCAUUACCUCUUCAACGCAGCCAUAGUACUUCUGCUGAGUCGUCUCUUUGGCCAAGAGAUGCAAGAAUGCACUUGUGCUACUGGUGCUUGCAGCACGCCAAGUAAUGAUGAAGAAGACAUUCAUUUUGUUAUCACCCUCCUUUCUGGAUUUGGAGAAAGAGGUAAUGAGGCGGCAGCUGCAAGUGCAAAGACUGCCUCGGAGCUUAGUGUCAUUGUGGAAAGAAUGAUUUGUGCGAGAGAUAGCACUCCUCCGGCUCCUGUCUCACCACAAACCCCGUACCCCACCAACCAUGAGGUAUCAAGUAUUGCUAUCAAUGGGCAAUUCGAGGUUCCCAGCUAUUUCUCAAACCAUUACAGCGUCGCAGGAAACCCUCCAGACCCGGCAAUCGGUUACCCAACAAAGCAACUGUACCAUCAGAAUCUUGAAGUUGAGGAUGUGUAUGCAUGGCUUCAGAGCGGCCAUUUCGACAGGUGA